CAACAAACACACCAAGUACGAAGAAUAUGGAGGAUUAUGUACAUAUGUUUACGAUGCUGAUGAUUGUUGUCCAUGUGUGUUUAAGCUCUACUACCAUUGACCCCAAUAUGUGUGGAAAAGGUGAAUGCUGCAUAGACUAUACAAUUGAAGGAGAUCAAUGUAUAGUAUGUCCAAAUGGAACACAUGGCGAAAAUUGUUCAAAACUCUGUCAAGAUGGGCUGUACGGAGAAAAGUGUAAGAAGAAAUGUCCAUCAGAAUGCAACAAAACCUGUGAUAAAGUAUCUGGAUCCUGCUCAGGCCAUGGUCUAGAUUACACUAAAGAUAACAGAUCGAAGACUAGCUUUGAAGGAAAACUAGCAGACUUCUUAGAGGAAAAUAUGUGGAUGAUAAUUGGAAUAUCAUCAAUAUUUCUUUGUUUUUCCUGCAUCGGGACUAUUACAUAUUGCAAAAUAUGUAGGAGUAAGAAAAAGACAGUCACAAGAACAUUCUUAUCAUCAGAUCAGAACAAUCAGCAGUUAAAUGGUUUGAGGUAUGAGAGCGAUGGAGUUUUUAGCAACAAUUCAUCUACCCUGCAACCACCUCCUAGAAUUCGUGAAAACAACACGCCAAGGGGAGAUAAUGUAGCCACCCAACCAGAAUGUGAAAACAGUAAAUCCAAAAAGCGUUAUAGUCUCGUUCGAAAAAUAACUAUUUCGCGGGAAAUGACGUCACACUCAGAGUACAGCGAUGACAAUGAAGACCUGUAUGACAGUGGUGAAUUUGACGACAGUUUUGAUGUUUGUAAAAAAGUUCAAAUAUCAGAUCUUCCAAAAAAAGAUUCCUUUAAAAUGUUUCAAUCUGAAGAUAUAAAAUCAAAGGAAACUUAUGGAAAAGUAUGGCUUUAACAAUAUCUAUUGACUAGCAAUUUAUAACAAUUUCGAGUUGUCUUUGCAGUGCUACAAGAACUCUAUUUUAUCAGAAAAGAAACAAACUUUUUUUAUGUGUAAUGUAACAUUUAAUAGAUAAAACAAGUAAAGAAAAAAAAUAUCAAUCAUUUUAAACAAAAAAGUGAAAGAAUAAAAUGAAAUAUCUAAAGAUAUGAUAUGCACGUCAACUUUGAAGACUUAUCCACGAUGUUUUUUAAACGCAUGUACAAAAAAGAAACAAAACUGUCACGUUUCUGUAUAUUUCGUCAUAUGCAUUAAUGAAAAAAUGACAAUAACAAACUGACAAAUAUCUUUAAAAAUCCGUAAAACGAAAUACAAAUUCAAAGCAGACCAACAUGGACCUCUAAAAAGAUAGAGGAAGUAUCAGGUGCUUAAGAGGAGUGAGCAUUUACUGCUGACCGGUCACACCCGCCGUGUGCUCUUUGUCGUAACAUGACAACAUGUUGUCAUUUACAAAGGAAAAAACAGCAAAACACGACAGGAGCAACACUUUUCCUAAGAUUUUCUCUGAUUUCUAAAUCCCCGCUGUCGAACUUGCCAAUAUAUUAAAGUCGGGAAUUCGUUCGUUCAAGUUCGGGGACAAGGACUUAAUUGUGAAUGCUAACAUGUCUUGUGCCUCAAAAAAUGUUAUAUUCAACAUUACGUGUAGCGGAUGCAACGAAUUUUAUAUAGGAGAAACUGGAGAAACUGAAACAACCCUACACAUCCGUAUUCGUAUACACAAACAACACGUCCAUCAAUUCGAGUACAGAAAAAAUUAAACUUAGUGAACAUCUUGGUAUUUGUGGCCACGGACUAUUUUCAGUUUUUCUCGGCAAGCC